GAUAUUUUGGGUGAGUUUCCAGCAAGGAAUGUCAGAUCCCUUGGGAUCCGCAUGGAAAACCCGCUCUGGGCAGGAUAACCUGGUCUGUGCACCCGAGUUGGGGUCCUGGAUGGACCCCCCAACCCCGGCUGCAGCCCCCGGGCUGGUGGGGACCCAUCCCAGGAGAGGAAAGCAUCCUCCGAAUGGCAGGCACAUGCCAGGUGGGAAUGGCAGAAAUAAGCCGGGAGCUGCAGGCGCACCCGGGAAUUCGGCUCCAAAGACGUUACCGAGGGUCUGGGAAUGACAAAAGCCACAGGAGCACCCCCCCUCCUCUCCAAAAUGAAACCAACUGCCAAAAAGAACGGGAUAAGUGGCUUUCCCCGCGGGAUGAGGGCGCGCAGCCGCUGGGAUCAGCCCUUGCCAGGGAUUUGUUUGUCUUCCCACAGGAUGCAGGGAAGACACAACAGGCGAUGCUCCGGGAAGCACGCUCCAGCCCCCGGCAGAGCUCCCCCCUCGUCCACCACCGCCGUCGGGAUGCACCGGUAACCCGCUCCCAUAACACGCGUCCGGGACACAGCGGGGUCCGGCCCCGUGCCUCGGUUUCCCGUCGCUGCAGGAGCCGUUGUGGCCGGUGCCGGAUGAGCCGGGGACGCGUGUUCGGAAUGAGGAAACCCCUCCGUCUGAGCGUCCCUUCGGAGCAUCCCCGGCACGGACCCCGCUGUGCGCCCCGGCCCCUGGGAUCCCGCUGCUCCAGCGUGCACGGAGCCAGCGCUGGCACCCCCGGGACCACGGUGGGACAGGAGGAGCGGGGCAGGAACCGGGUGUAGGGAGCGAUGGAGCGGGGAGCUCGUCCCGUGCGGGACCGGAGGACCCGGUCCCGGUGCGGUCCCCGUCCCGCAGCCCUGCGGGUGAAGGGGGCCGGUGAGAGCGGCACUCACCGAGCUGCCCGCUGGCUGAACGCAGCGCCAUGGCCAGCGCCAUCCUCCUCCCGCUCCGCGGCCACCGGGAUCCCGCAGCCCCGCCCCGCUGCUCCCAUUGGCUGCCGCCUCCCGGCCCCGCCUCUCCCAUUGGCUAUCACCGCCCUGCCUCGCCACGCCAUUCGUCCGCCGAGCUCUCAAUCAACUGCCUCACAGAGGGAGCCUGACUGAGGAUCCCGGUAACAGCGGCGGGGGUGCCAUGAGUGCCCGGUACCGGGAUGCGCUGCUCCGGUGACCGGACCCCUCCCUCCUCCCUGCGGCCCUCAUUCGUUUCCCGGGUGCGGUGCCGCCGUCCGCCAUUAGAGGGCAGUGCGGCGCCGUUCCCCCCUAUUUUACGGCAGGCGGCGGCCGGAAGUGCUGGCGGCUGAGGCCACGGCGGCUCCUGCGCAUGCGCGUUGCUACCGGGCCCGCUUCCCUCCUCCUCUCCCCCCCCGGACGCAGCCGCUCGGUGACGCACCACAGCCUUCAUGUGAGAGAUGGCGAAUGCCGAAGUGAGCGUCCCUGUGGGUGAUGUGGUGGUUGUACCAAGUGACGGCAACGAAGGGGAGAACCCGGAGGAUACCAAAACCCAGGUGAUCCUGCAGCUCCAGCCGGUGCAGCAAGGGAUUUACCAGGAGAGCUCUGAGGCCAGCGCCGCCGUGGUGGCUGUCGAAACCCACACCAUCCACAAGCUAGAAGAAGGGAUCGACCCCAGCAGCAUCGAGGCGAACGAGGAGAUUGAGAUCGCCUACCCCAUCACGUGCGGGGAGAGCAAAGCCAUCCUGCUCUGGAAGAAGUUUGUCUGCCCAGGGAUUAAUGUCAAGUGUGUGAAGUUCAAUGACCAGCUGAUCAGCCCAAAGCACUUUGUCCACCUGGCUGGGAAGUCCACCCUGAAGGACUGGAAGAGAGCCAUCCGCCUCGGAGGCAUCAUGCUGAGGAAGAUGAUGGACUCGGGGCAGAUUGACUUCUACCAGCAUGACAAAGUGUGCACCAACACUUGCAGAAGCACCAAGUUCGAUCUCCUCAUCAGCAGUGCCAGAGCACCAGUGCCGGGGCAGCAGAGCGUGGUGCAGACCCCCACAUCAGCUGAUGGGAGCAUCACCCAGAUCGCGCUGUCAGAGGAGAGCAUGGAGGAGGGCAUUGAGUGGAACUCAGCUCUGACGGCUGCUGUCACCAUGGCCACUGAAGAUGGCAUGAAAAAGGACACAGAGGAGAUCUCAGAGGACACCCUGAUGUUCUGGAAAGGAAUAGCUGAUGUGGGGCUGAUGGAAGAGGUUGUGUGCAACAUCCAGAAGGAGAUAGAAGAAGUCCUAAGGGGUGUCCAGCAGAGGUUGGGUCAGUCUCCUUUCCAGAUGACAGAUGCUGCAGUCCUGAACAAUGUUGCCCACACGUUUGGCCUGAUGGACACGGUCAAGAAGGUUCUGGACAACAGGAAAAACCAGACAGAGCAAGGAGAGGAGCAGUUUCUUUACACUCUGGCAGACCUGGAGCGGCAGCUGGAAGAGCAGAAGAAACUGGCCAAGGACCAGAAGGCAAAGUCCCAAACCAUCCAAAACGUGGUGCUGAUGCCCGUCAGCGCUCCCAAGCCCCCCAAGAGACCCCGCUUGCAGCGCCCGGCCUCCACCACCGUCCUCAGCCCUUCCACCCCUAUCCAGCAGCCCCAGUUCACCGUCAUUUCUCCCAUCGCCAUCGCACCCGUAGGACAGCAGUUCUCCGUCGGGAACAUCCCGGUGGCCACCAUCAGCCAAGGCUCCAGCCCGGUGACUGUUCACACCUUGCCUUCCGGCUCCCAGCUCUUCCGCUAUGCCACCGUGGUGUCCUCCUCCAAGACCAGCUCCUCCGACACCGUCACCCUCCACCCAUCCUCCAGCCUGGCGCUGCUCAGCUCGGCAGCCAUGCAGGACAGCGGGACCCUGGCCAACGUGGCCACCGUGGUCAACCCCGUGGAGCUGGUGGCCAUGGAGUCCGGGCUCACCUCCACCAUCCAAGCCAUGGAGGGCACUUCGGAUGAUGGGCAGACCAUCAUAGAGAUUGAUCCGGCGCCCGAUCCCGAAGCCGAUGCAGAGGAGGCGGAGGGGAAAGCAGUGAUCCUGGAGACGGAGCUGAGGACUGAGGAGAAAGUGGUGGGAGAUGGGGAAGAGCAUCAGCACCAGGUCCAUAACGUGGAGAUUGUGGUCUUGGAGGACUAAAAGUGGGGGAAAAUGAGCUUCAGUUUGGGGAAAGAGUUGGGGAAUUUGGUUUCAUUUGAAGCUUUUUUUGGUGAAGCAUCUUUUCCAGCCACCCCAUUUGUUUCCAUGGCUGUUUCAUUGUCAUGUAUACAAUAGAGAUAGCUCUAAUUUGGGGGGGGGAGGUUUAAACACACAAAAAGCUGGAGGAGCACAGGAGCCCUGGCUCUGUGGAGCACUGAACAACACCCCCUGUUUGCAGGGUCCUGGAGACACUGGAUCCCUGCUCACCAGCCCAGCCGGGAGGAACUGGACGCUGGGCCCAGAGGGUCACCAAGCCUUGGUGUGACUGUGGAAGGGGACACAGCUUUGGGGUGGACCAGGUACCUCAUUUGGAGUUUUCCCCCCGGGAAGGGGAUUCUCUCAGACUCUUCACUCUCACCUCAACUGGGAUUUUUGUAUUGUUGUUAUUAUUAUUAUUAUAUUAUUGUUAAUGUUAUUAUCCGUGCUCAGGGGGAGUGGCAGUGGCUCUGCUGUCACUGUCCUCACCCUCCCCUCCACACAGGUUGGGUUUAUAGCUCCAUUGGUUUGGAUUUGUUUGCUCUUUCCCAUCAUUAGUCCACGAUCCUUGUCCACAUUUCCCAGCUGCAAAGUCCCAGGACCUUCUGCCUGGAUCCCAAUCCCACAGCACUUUUCCCCGUCAUCCCUAUCCCUCGGUGCUGCUCACCACCAUCCCUUCAGCCUUUUGCAUCAAGGCUCAAUCGAUCAACUCAAUCUUAAACCCCUCCAAUUCCCCUUUUCCCUUCCCUGCUCUGCACCACAGGGACAUUAUGGGAUGUACAAAGCAUGUUGUGCUGUCGCUAUCCCGGGAAUGCUAGGCUCCGGAUCGGGACAGCUCCCAUUUGCACCAUGUGCUGGGGCUGCUCCUUGCUUGUUGCUACUUGUUGGGUGGGUUUCAUUUGGGCUUUUUCCUUUCUUUUCCUUCCUAUAAUCCCUGUGCAGGAUUAGAACCGGCACAGGGCUGGAAUAACGGGGUUUUCCCUCUGCUUUAGGUGGAUUUUGCUCCAAGGCUGGGGUCCCUUUGGGUUCUGCCAUGGUGGGAAGAGGGGAAAGAGGUUUGGGAAGGCUGAAGGAGGGGGAGCUGCUUGCCUGGAACUAUUAAGGAACACACCAUAGGCGGGGGAGGGGGGAUGGAAG